UAUUACACACAAAAAAAAUUUUUACUCAUUUUUAUAGACACUUUUAAAACAAGCAUAAUAACAUAAAUACGCGACAAAAUGUUUUUUUGGGGAAUUAGUGAAGCCUUGGACGUAUAUGAGGAGUACGUAAAUGCACUAAAAGGUGAAAAGAAGGUACCAGAAAAAGACGAAACUGAAGAGACCAACUCAAAUGCAAAGCAAACAGUCACAGAUGUUAAUGAAAAUGAAUCUGGAAUAUCAAAUCCAGAAGACACAAAAACAGAGGAGACAACAACAGAGGACACAAAAACAGAGGAGACGAAAACAGGAGAUACAAAUCUAGACAACACAAAUCCAGAGACCACAAAAACAGAAGAGACAAAAAUAGAGGACACAAAUAUAGACAACACAUAUCAGCAGGACACAAAAACAGGAGAACGGAAUCCAGAAAACACAAAUUUAGAUAACACAAAUCCAAAGGAUACAAAUUUAGAGAACACAAAAACAGAGAAUAUAAAUACAGAGGUGACAAAUCCAGAAAACAGUAAUCCAAAAGAUACUGGAGACAAUGAUAUUUUUUUCGAACAACCUAAAUCACUAAACGUUUUGCUUUUUGGUGCCGGUGAUCCACGUCACAUAAUAAAAACAAUGGCGAAAUUGUAUAAAUACAACAAAAAAAAUGACACGGUUUCUGAAAAACCACUUAUAAAUAUAUAUGUGAUUGAAGGUUGUCCCGAGUUAGUAGCACGUUACAUUAUUCUACUUGCGAUUGCCUUGGAAAAUCCGGAAACGCUUAAUUUGCGUUUGAAAACACAUCUUUUCAUGGAUGUAUAUGGUAAUAGUUUAUUACGCCCACUUUCAUGUCAAUACUUAGUCUAUAAGACGAAAUGUUUAAUGAAAACAUUUUCGGAUCGCGAGAUAACAGCACAAAUAGCACCUAUGAUUUCAAUUGAAAGAAUGAAAUAUCGUGAACGUGACAAUAUAGAAAAUGCAUUUGAAUUUUGGUCACCAAAACCAGGAUACAUAUUCAAUAUAAAAGAAUACUGGUCUACGAGAUUACGCAAAGACUUGGGCAUUCGCUAUGACUUUAGAGAAGGUUCAUUUGACUGGGACUUAAAUAUGGUGUUAAAAGAACGUGAUGCUAAACAAUUAUGCCCACAGGAAUAUAGUUAUUGGCGUGAAACUGGUAUAGCUUUUACUUUUCCAGAAUAUGAGCAAUGUAUGCCAAAUAAAACAUAUUCCCUAGCUUUAGUACGUAAUGGUAGCACUUUUUUACAUCGCGGCUACGAAGGCGACAUGCAUACUGGCCCAUUUUGUACAUUCGGUUUAAAAUCGACUGAUUCACGUUUUACGAAUAGUGCACACGGUGAGAAUGAUUAUAGAGCAACAGACGUAACUGAACGCAAUCUAAUGGAAUUAUUUCAUGAACUGCAGAAUAAAUCACCAUAUGAACAUGAUAUUGAGUUCUCCCGUAGAUAUGGGUCGGUAAAAUUGCUAAUGGGAAAAAUAUUAAGUUGGAAUGAUUAUGAACAAAACUAUUCCCAAGAUUGUGAUAAAGCCUGGCUAAGCACGGAAGGUGUUAAAGUGCACUUUUUAUCUUCUGAUGAGAUAUUUUCGAUGCAAAAUACUGCUACUAAUAGUAAUUGGCAAAGUUUUUUUGAUGUUAUAUUUGUGGGUUCCAAUUACUUUUCAUUCCUGAGAAAAGAAUUAUCUACAAUAAUGAAUAAAAAUGCGUUAUUACUCUUAGAAACAAAGUUACGUACUGUAGAGAGAAAGGAAAAUGUCGCUGAAUAUGAAAAGAAACUGAAGGAUUUCGCUAAAACUAUUAAUUUGGCUCCAGUUAUCAAUUAUAAUGCGAUUAAUGGGAAAAACUCAAUUUUGAAAUUUAAAAAAGUUAAUUGACUGUUUUUUUUAUUUAGUACGAUACUUUAACAUAUACAUAUAAUAUAUUUAGGUACUAUUCUCUAUUAAGAUAAAUCUCUAUUAUUAAACUCUUUUAAAGUUUAUUUCAAAUAAAAAUUA